CCACUUCAGUGGGGCGUGCGCGUUCAUGUUGAUUGCGCGCUCUCGCAGCACGCAGCCUCCAGUGGACAACGAGCGGAGCGCCGCACCGAACGGAACCUCUGGAGCACCCGGACCUCUCUGUCUCGCGAGGACCUGCUCGAAGAAGCCAGAAUGCGAAAGACCUCGAAGACCGGGAAAAAUCAUUUGGAGGUGGAGGAGGAGGAGGAGUGGGAUAUGGCAGCCUUGUGUGUUUUGUUGAGGUGUUGCUGGAGGCGAGGGUGAGCAGACAAAAGAGGGACCGACAACCCACAGGAGCUGUUCUCUCUCCCUCGCUGUCACCCAGGAAUAAACCAGGAGGUGGAGAAUGCUGCAAGAUGCUCUGCAAGCCAGCAGCGAUUGCCGGCGCAGUCUAAAGGCUGAAAGUAAAUAGUGGAAAACAAGAGGCGGCUUCUUCUGCGCCGCUUUGUCUUGGUGCGCCAAUCAGUGGGGCCUCCAUCUUCCUCCAUCAUGUGCCUCUUAUUGAGAGGUGGGAUUCUUCUUUUUAAAUCCCCACUUAGGGUGGACUCGUUUGCCUCUAAUGCAAAGAAGCCUUAAAACAAUUAUCGGCGACGCUCCAGGCUACAGUUGAUAGUCUGGCCUCUCUGCUGCGUAACCAUGCAGGAAUCAUUGAAAAGUGAAUGUAUGAGAGACUACAAGACUGCCCCCAUCUCCUGCAGACAUAAUGUCCGUUUUCCCCGCUUCCCCAUCCCGCUAUUCCUGCUCCUCUUACUCACGACUCCUCCGGCUCGGGCCAUUCACAUGGACGCCAUCGAGAGCCACAGCGAGUUCAGCUGCGAGCCCAUCCGACUGAGAAUGUGCCAGGAUCUGCCUUACAACACCACCUUCAUGCCCAACCUCCUGAACCACUACGACCAGCAGACGGCCGCACUCGCCAUGGAGCCUUUCCAUCCUGUCGUGAACCUGGUGUGCAGCCCCGACUUGAGGAUGUUCCUGUGCGCGCUCUACGCCCCGGUGUGCGUCGUCUACGGACAGGUCUCCAUGCCGUGCCGUGCCCUCUGCCAGCGGGCCAAGGGGGACUGUCAGAGACUGAUGGAAAUAUUUGGACUCACCUGGCCAGAUGACAUGGAGUGCAGCAGGUUUCCAGACUGCGACGAGCCGUAUCCUCGCCGAGAGGACCUGCAGAAAGACUCCGAGCCCAGCGACCAGUCGUCCAUGACCGUGCAGAAGGACUACGGCUUCUGGUGCCCCAGAGAGCUGAAGAUAGAAGCGGAGCUGGGUUACUCACUCAUGGGCAGGAAAGACUGCUCAGCUCCCUGUCCUUCCAUGUACUUCAGCCAACAGGAAGUGACCUUCACGAGAUACUUCAUCGGUGUCACCUCCAUCGUCUGCCUGUCCGCAACUUUGUUUACCUUCCUUACUUUUCUCAUUGACGUCACCAGGUUCAGAUACCCAGAGCGACCCAUCAUCUUCUAUGCGGUAUGUUACGUCAUGGUGUCGCUGGUGUUCUUCCUGGGCUUCUUAUUGGAGGACACCGUCGCAUGCAACACCGUCAACCACGCACAGUUCAAAGCUUCGACUGUAACACAGGGCUCACACAACAAGGCGUGCACCUUGUUCUUCAUGAUCCUCUACUUCUUCACCAUGGCCGGCAGCAUAUGGUGGGUUAUCCUGACGAUCACGUGGUUUCUCGCUGCCGUGCCGAAAUGGGGCAGCGAAGCCAUCGAAAAGAAAGCCCUCCUCUUUCACUCAGUGGCCUGGGGGCUCCCAGGGACUCUCACCAUCACCCUUUUGGCCCUGAACAAAAUCGAAGGGGACGGGAUCAGCGGCGUGUGUUUCAUCGGGCUCUAUGACAUAGACGCCCUGCGGUGGUUUGUUCUGGCGCCGCUCUGCCUCAACGUGGCCGUGGGCGUCUCUCUUCUCUUAGUGGGCAUCGUGGCUCUGAACCGCGUGCGCAUGGAAAUCCCCCUGGAGAAAGAGAACCAGACCAAACUGGUCAAGUUCAUGAUCCGAAUGGGUGUUUUCUCCGUGCUCUACCUCGUGCCCUUGCUGACCGUGAUUGGUUGCUACGUGUACGAGCACACCUACCGCAGCGUCUGGGAGACCACCUGGAUGCAGGAGAACUGCCGCCGCUAUCACAUCCCCUGCCCGUAUAAGGUGGAGCAGACCAGUCGACCGUCCGUGGCCUUGUUCCUCAUGAAGUACUUGAUGAUGUUGGUGGUGGGAAUCCCCUCCGCCUUUUGGGUGGCCAGCAAGAAGACCUGCUUCGAGUGGGGCAGGUUUCUGCAUGGCCGCGGGCGGAAAGAUAUUUCCCCUCUCGAAAUUUCUCCGUGCAGCAGUGGAGUGAAUGAAUCUCGCCAGGUGCUCCAAGAGCAGCCCGACUUGGCCCAGUCGCUGCUGCGGGAACCCAACACCCCCAUCAUCAGGAAGUCUCGAGGAACGUCCACUCAGGGUACGUCCACUCACGCCUCCUCCACUCAGCUGGCCGUCCUCGACGACCCGGACGAGCCCCCGAGAAGCCGCACCGGCAGGCCCGCGUCCACCAGGAGCAAAACCGGCAGCGUCCGCAGCAGCGCCAGCUACCACGCCAGCCUGCGCCGCGCUCGAGACGACAGGAGCGACACGGUGGUCUCCGGAGCCGUCGAGGCGCGCAGUUUCCACGGCAGCGCGCCGCGUCUCGACCAUCCGCUCUCCGCGCACGGAAGCCAGAGGGACGUGACUGACGCCCCGCCCACUUUCAUCACGCACGGAUCCACGGGGAGCGAGAGCCGCGCUGCCGACAACGGCGGCACCAGCGCCUAACUACUCGCUGCCUUGACGUGGUCUUCGUAGUUUUGAGGAAAAACCAUGCUCAGACUGGACUCCAUGUCGUGCAAGCACACACACAUUCUUGCUGUUAACAAUCCUAAAUGGCUUCUCCACUCAUUUUUUUUCAAUUAACGUUUGACCAUUUCCGCUCCAGACUGUAAACUUCAUUUGUACGUGGACCUAAUGUGAACCUGUGGACCUUCCGGCGUGCUCGUUUAACUAUUUUUAUGUUGUGAAUCGCGCGUGUGUGUGCAUUCGCCGACGUUUGGCGUACGUGAGUGGACGAUUUCAACUGCUGUAUUGUAUUCGACAAAAUGAUGAACCCGACAAUUUAGCAGACAUCUGCUUUGAAAAUUUGAAAUUUAUUUUUGUUGGUCAGUUUAAAAAAGUGAAACUUAAAUUGUAAAAUACUUCAAUUUAUAAUUACAGUUCCUGACAACCUCACCCAAAAAAAUUCAGUAUUUCAUAAGAAAAAUUCCAAAAAGAUUUGUAAUAUAGAGAGGGGGGAAAAAAAACCAGCUACAGAUUGGCCUUCUGACCUAUGUUGUGUAAUUGAAAUUCACUUUUGGAAUUGAAUUUGUUGAAUUUAUAUUUGAUAGUCUCAUCUAGUGAGAUUCACCUGUGUAUAUUUAAGCAAUGUUACCUUUUAUAAAAGACAGAAAACACACCGAUUCCUUUCAUUACCGCAAUUGAUAAACCUGCUCAUCGAUAAAUGUUUCUUUAGCUCCCGUGACUCACCAAGUGUGAUCUCGUUUUGUAAAUACGCGUUCAAGCGAACCUACCUCGCCUGUGUGAUCGGCCUUCUGCGCUCCCAUUAAAAAAACAUCUUUUCCCUCCAUGUAACACGCACACACAUAAACAAAACAUUCUCCAUCCUCAUCAAUAACAAAUUUGCCUUCUGCCUCUCCUGCCUGCAAUCAUGCAAACAAAACAUUUUUGGACCUACAGCAAGCGUCUGUGUGUUCUUACAGACCCUUUAAAAAAAAAAAUAAUCUCAAAUUAAUAAGCGCAGGGUAAGUGACAUGGGUGGCUCGGAUAAAAUAAACUCGUCUCAGCCCUAAUUGAUUCCAUUUAUCUGAGGAUGCGAGGUGGAGCAACCUUUUUCGUAUUGCAAUAGAAUUGUGUGCAACUGCGGUGGCAUUAAAUGGAAAUGUCACAAUGGAUCAAAAACAUUGUAAAUGGAAAGCCUCAAUUGUUUGUGUUAAUUUAUUUGCAGAGUGGAACUGC